GUCUCUGGCCUCCCCCGCCCGCUGCCCUGGGCCACCCGGACCCGGCACCUGCCAGCUCCGCUCCUGCUUCGUCCAUCGGUCUGGCAGAGGGGCGGGAAUAACCUGGGUAAAUAACUCAGAGUAGUGAUUGAUAAGGGGUACCUGUUGGCUGAGAAGAUGGACAAUGUCACACCCAAGGACACCAAUGGUUCCAGCCCGCCAUUGGUGUUGGUGACUGGGUUCGGACCGUUCCGAAGAUACCUCAGUAAUCCCAGCUGGGUGGCUGUUCAGGAACUGAAGGCAUUGGGUCUGGGUGAGAACAUCCGAAUGCACAUUGCCCUACUGCCUGUGCACUACCAGAGGUGCCGAGAGCUGGUGGCCAGGAUGUGGGAAACGCUUCGGCCACAGCUGGCGGUCCACAUUGGGGUAGCAACAGCAGCGAAGACCGUCAUUCUCGAACAAUGCGCCAAGAAUCAUGGAUACAAAGAGGGCGAUAUCUGUGGCCUCACUCCGGAGGGGAACUGCUGCAUCGAGGGAGGGCCAGAGGAGAUCGAGUCACUUGUCAAUAUGAGGGCAAUCUACAAAAAAUUCCGCUCAACAGAUAUCGCAGUCCUCCAUUCCAGAGAUGCAGGGAGGUUCCUGUGUGACUUUGUCUACUACCUUUCUCUGCACCAUGGCAACGGAAGGGCCUGCUUCAUUCACAUCCCUGCACCGAGCUCCGACUCAGAAGCCAAGACCCCAGGCAAGGUCCUGCAGCUGAUCGUACAGGAGAUGCUCCAACAGCUGGAGACAGAUAUCCACUAACAGCAGCUUUGCAGAGAACCAUGAGGAGUGUCUACAGAGAGAGAAAGAAAGGCUGACUCACAUUUCGUAGCACCUUCCACCUCCCUUUCCGAUUGUCCCCACAGCCUGUGAAGUAUCAUUAAAGUUGACAA